AUGCAGUAUUCUAUCCUCCUCUCGGCCACCUACGGACUGUUGCUGAGCCAUAUGGCCACCUCUGCCCCGACAGCCAAGCCGGUGACCCUUCGCGUCAGGUCAGAGGACUUUCAUGCUCUUCGGGAAAGAGCAGGCAAUGAGGCCACGGCGCUGUAUGGCUAUAUAGUCGCCGACACCGAGCUUGAUGACAAAGAGAAGCGCGAUGACGAGGCCACGGCGCUAUAUGCGUACAUUGCGGCCGACUCGGAGCUGGACAGGAAACGCGAUGACAAGGCCACUGCAUUGUAUGCAUACAUUGCAGCUGACAGCGAGUAA